GAAGGCAAGGGCUGGAAGCUGGAGAGGGCUGGAGCUGGAAGGCUCUCCGGCAGCGAGAGGUCCUGCCCAGCUGUUGGCGAGGAGUUUCCUGUUUCCCUCCCGGCGCCCGGGUAGAGUUGAUGAGUGAGUCACUCGCGCGCACCGACCGACGACACCCCCCGCGCGCGCACACGCUCGCUUGGGGGACGGAGCCCCAGCCUUCUGCGCAGCUCUCCUCGGCCGCCGGGGGCCUCCUCCCGGUCUCCAAGCUCCCCCCGAUCGCCGGCCACAUCUGGCCCGCACCUCUGCCAGGCGCGCUCAGGACGGCCCAGGCAUACUGAGAGGACGAGGAGUCAAGGCACAGCCCGGGGUCCCCGAGGCUCGGUUCGCGGCGCCUCACGGGCCGGUCUAUGACGAGCGACGGGGGCCACCAUGGGUCGGGGGCUGCUCCGGGGCCUGUGGCCGUUGCACAUCGUCCUGUGGACGCGCAUCGCCAGCACCAUCCCACCGCAAGUUCCCAAGUCGGAUGUGGAAAUGGAGGCCCAGAAAGAUGCACCCAUCCACCUAAGCUGUAAUAGGACCAUCCAUCCACUGAAACGCUUUAACAGUGACAUGAUGACCAGCGACAACGGCGGAGCAGUCAAGCUUUCGCAACUGUGCAAGUUUUGCGACGUGAGAUUGUCCACUUGUGACAACCAGAAGUCCUGCAUGAGCAACUGCAGCAUCACGGCCAUCUGCGAGAAGCCACAUGAAGUCUGCGUGGCUGUGUGGAGGAAGAAUGAUGAGAACAUUACACUGGAGACGGUGUGCCAUGACCCCAAGCUCACCUACCACGGGUUCCCUGUGGAAGACGCCACUUCACCCAAGUGCAUCAUGAAGGAGAAGAAAAGGGCCGGCGAGACUUUCUUCAUGUGUGCCUGCAACGUGGAGGAGUGCAAUGACCACAUCAUCUUUUCAGAAGAAUACACCGCCAGCAAUCCCGACCUGUUCCUGGUCAUUAUCCAAGUGACUGGCGUCAGCCUUCUGCCUCCACUGGGGAUUGCCAUAGCCGUGAUCAUCAUCUUCUACUGCUAUCGUGUCCACCGGCAGCAGAAGCUGAGCCCGUCCUGGGAAAGCAGCAAGCCCCGGAAGCUCAUGGAGUUCAGCGAUAACUGCGCCAUCAUCCUGGAGGACGACCGUUCGGACAUCAGCUCUACGUGUGCCAACAACAUCAACCACAACACGGAACUGCUACCCAUUGAGCUGGACACGCUGGUGGGGAAAGGCCGCUUUGCCGAGGUCUACAAGGCCAAGCUGAAGCAGAACACUUCGGAGCAGUUCGAGACUGUGGCCGUCAAGAUCUUCCCCUAUGAGGAGUACACGUCAUGGAAAACAGAGAAGGACAUCUUCUCAGACAUCAACCUGAAACACGAGAAUGUCCUGCAGUUCCUGACUGCUGAGGAGCGGAAGACAGAGCUGGGAAAGCAGUACUGGCUGAUCACAGCGUUCCACGCCAAGGGCAACCUGCAGGAAUACCUCACCAGGCAUGUCAUCAGCUGGGAGGACCUGCGGAAGCUGGGCAGCUCCCUGGCCAGGGGCAUCGCUCAUCUCCACAGUGACCACACUCCAUGUGGGAGGCCUAAGAUGCCCAUCGUCCACAGGGACCUCAAGAGCUCAAACAUCCUCGUGAAGAAUGAUUUGACCUGCUGCCUGUGUGACUUCGGGCUGUCCCUGCGUCUGGACCCUACUCUGUCUGUGGAUGACUUGGCCAACAGUGGGCAGGUGGGAACUGCAAGAUACAUGGCCCCCGAAGUUCUGGAAUCCAGGAUGAAUUUGGAAAACGUGGAGUCCUUCAAGCAGACAGAUGUCUACUCCAUGGCUCUGGUACUCUGGGAAAUGACAUCCCGUUGCAAUGCGGUGGGAGAGGUGAAAGAUUACGAACCCCCAUUUGGUUCCAAGGUCAGGGAGCACCCUUGCGUGGAGAGCAUGAAGGACAACGUGCUGAGAGAUCGAGGACGGCCUGAAAUCCCCAGCUUCUGGCUCAACCACCAGGGCAUCCAGAUCGUAUGUGAGACGCUGACAGAGUGCUGGGACCAUGACCCUGAGGCCCGCCUCACAGCCCAGUGUGUGGCAGAGCGCUUCAGUGAGCUGGAGCAUCCAGAUAGACUCUCUGGGAGGAGCUGCUCCCAGGAGAAGAUUCCAGAAGAUGGCUCACUGAACACUACCAAAUAGCUUUCUCUGGGCAGGCUGGACCGAGCCUCCAGAAGCCGCCUUUUCACCAAAGACCAGAGGCAGCUGGAUGCUAUCCGACGGGAAACCAAGGACUUGCUCCCUUCUUACCUGAGAGCUGCUUCAUAUUCAGAAACAGCAGCAGCAGCAGGAGCAGUAGGGGCUAAGUGACAGAGAGCAUUCUGUGCCUUGGACGUUGUCAUGGCAUAAGCUGUAUUAGCACCUCCUCAGGAAAUGAGAUUGAUUUUUACAACAGCCAAUAACAUUUGCACUUUAUUAAUGCCUGUAUGUAAAUAUGAAUAGCUAUGUUUUAUAUCUAUAUAUCUAUAUAUGUCUAUAUCUCUCUAUCUAUAGCCAUACUCUGCAAGGAGACAAAGAAAAAGAUCAAAUGCUCCCGGGAAAUUAGCUUUUAUCCGAGAGUUCCAAACUGGAGCAGAAAGGACUCGGGGCAACAUUAGCACUUGACAAUCAUACGCGAUGGUCCCCCGAAUGUGGGGUUGGGGGGAUGGUUGCAUGAAAAGGAUCCAUGCCUCACAGCCUGCUUUGGCCACAAGACACUUUUGUUUUGCAAUAAUUGCCCUCUAUAUGCGGGUGCUUUCCGGCCAGGGAGCGAAGUUCCAGCCCACCGCUAUGUCCCAGGGUCUUCCACGUGCCUUGCUUUUCUUCAUUUUAUCAAGUCCCACAUCUGACUUGUGAACCUGUGGACUUAGCCUAGAUCCCUGGCCCCAUCCUUCUGCUUUCGUAGACUACGGAAGUCAAAGAGGGCAGUUUCCCCACCCAUGAAAGUGUCGACCAUCUGAUAAGAUUGUGCUGUUUGAUUUUUCUUCUGUGCCGAAGUUACUAUUACUCAUUCCCAGCUGUUCCCAGUUGUUUUUUGGUUUAGUGUGGCACACGCCACACCCCGCCCCUGCAGCAUUGUGUUUCAUUUUUGUCACUCUCCUGCUGUAGUCGCCAGCUUGCCAUGGCAACACCGAUGGCUUCCAUCUUCCCAGGCGCCCAAAUAGCAGACAGGAUUUAAAUGACGCACACACACACUGCCUAUCCUGUACAACUGUGUCUGGGGAUACUUUGAGCCCGUGUUUUGCUUAGUCAGCACAAUGUCUGUAAAAGUUUAAGUAUUGGAGGUGUCGCAGAAAAAUCUCCAUUCUAGGUAAGGAGUGUGUUCCCAGCUUCCCCUCUAGAGGGCACCGCUGACAGUAAGACGGUGUGACUCUGACACCCCAGCUUCUUUUCUCACCCUUAAACAGUCUUCACAUUACCCACCCCCACCCCAGUCUGGAAAUGAAAGCUGCUGCCAGUCAAGAUCCGUUGUAAGGAGUGAGCAUCUGGGAGUCUGGAGAGAUAACUCAGCAAAUAAAAACCAGUGCCUCACAAGCAAGAGGACCUGAGUUCAAUCCCCCAGAACCCAUGAUAAAAAGCCACGGUCCUCGGAACACACUUGUAAUCUCAGCACUGGGGAGGUGAACACCGAUGGGAGCUUAUUGGUCAGCUAAGAAGACUCUCGGCAAGGUGAACAGUAUUCUGGCAGAUAACCCUGUAUUUGACCUCUGACCUCCAGACACGCAUGUACCACACGUGCACCCUCAUUACACACUAGAAACGGGCAUUCAAGCCACCGCGUGUUGGUGCCAUGCUGGACUGCACGUACCUUGUCUGAUGUUAGGAAUUGAAGCUGACUAGGAAUUGGACCUCGGGACCUCCUGUGCUUGAUCCUCCUUAGGUCAAGUUCUUGGUCUCGGCAUGGUCCUAAACCUUGCAGAAACGACUUUGAAUAGGGGACACACAAGACUUCCAUGUGGAGUCCGGAAAUGUGUCCACUUGGAUGGGAGCAAAGAAUGAGCUUUAAGUAGGGAUCUUGCUAAUCCACCUGCAAAUGUGGAUGUGGCUAGUAACAGUGUCUUUUUUUACAAAAUGUGUUUUUGAAGCUUCUUUUCAACCAAAUAGGAACAUGACUGAAGGACCACCAAAGCUCAUUUUAUUCUGUCUGGACCAUGGGAGGCCUCAGAUCACAGGGGGGUUUAGGAUACAUGGUCAAGAUGGGGGUGGGACAAAAUUCUAUGUACUCUGCCCUGUGGAAGUGUGUUGAGCAACACCUUGGAAAUCCCCCAAAUCCACUUGCACCUUAGGGCGUGCCGACACCCUCCCAAUAGCUGUUGUUCACCGCCCUCUAGCGGUGAGUUUAUAGAAUACUGGUCCACUAGCGGGAUUUCUAGGGUUCGAAAGUGAUUUCGCUUCCGGGUUAUCGUCAGAAACUGGAACACAGUGUCAUGUUACUGUGGCUUGUUUUGUCUAUGUCAUUUUUUUCUUAUUCAAGAAAAAGACCAAGGAAUAGCAUUGUAGUCAUUCCUCGUCAUGUUGACUUCUGUUCACUACUCCGCAUAAAGGGAAGGUUUCAUUCUUUUGUUGAACACUUCAGCCAUACUCAUGUAUUAAAAUAGGAAUGUGAAUGCACCAUGUUCUUUUUAUAUCAAAAUCUAAAGCACUUAUUUUCAUUCUAUGCAGUUUUUCUUUUAUAUAAAUAAAAACGUCUAGUAGAUUAAAUAAAUCAAAGAUAUUGAUGAUCUUACCCCUCGUUCCUAUUCCCGGUAGCUAAACCACUUCACACACUGGCUUAUUCAGCAGCAUAGCUGAAAAUGUCAGCUACAAAUCCUCCCUGGCUUUUUCACAUGGGUUGUGAGUGCCUUUCCCCUGGGCACAGACAUACACCUUGACUGCUAACCUCAGAUUAGGGCACCAGGGACAGAACAAAGUAAUGAUUCCAUCAAAGUCCCACUGGGCGAGCAAAUGAGUUAGCGUGCUUAAAUACGGAGUGUGGAACAAGGUGAGUUAGGGGUGUGUGAGUGACCCACCGGAGUCUCACCCCCACACGGACGAUGGCUUCUGCACAGAUGGAGCCCAUCUUCAGUUGACCUUCCUCCAUCCAGAAACUCUAGUACAUCCCAAGACUGUGAAAUCACUUGCCACUUCACCAGAAUUGCAUACAGCUGGGAGGCAGGUAAAGAAAGGAGUGGGCAGAAUCUAAGGUAAGGGCUUGAUGAGCCUUCCCACCCCUUCUGUGGCAGCAGGUCCAGUCUUAAAGGCCUCUUGCAGGGAGUUACAGCUGCUGUGACAAAGAUGGCUCUUACAUUGUGGGAGAGCAUUCUAUGACAGACUCGGGUCCCUUUAAAAAUGAUCCAGGACAGAUAGGGCAGUUGGAAAAGCACAGGGGAAUGACUUGGCCCUCAGACCUCGGGCCAAAAAAGCUACAGGUGCUGCUAUGUGCUUACAGUCCCAGCUGGGGAGGUAGAGACAGGCUCCAUGGGGCUUUCUGGUCAACCAGCCUAGCCUCACUGAGCCGCAGGUCUCCAUGAAGAGAGUGUGUCACAGUCUAAGAAACAGCGCUAGAGGUUAGCCUCUGGCCUCCCCACCCACAUUUGAACAUGUAUACUUGCAUGUGUACACACAGACACAUGGACAACCACAAAAUAAUCCCUGACAGAAGCUCCCUAAUAAGAGAUGAAGUAUUAGGGCUGGCUGCCUGCCGUCCCUUGUCAUCCCUGUGUCCAGGCCUGCUGGCUCUUGGUGUGCUGGCAUGGCCUUUCUCCCCAUCCCAGGAACUCUUUGGCCCAUAUGGCUGUUCCAGGACUGUCUCAUAAGGCUGCCUCAAGGAAUGAGCACCUGCCCUGUGUUCUCCGUCGUCUUCUUCCUAGCAUGCUAGUGACUGCCCGUGUGCACUUUGCUAGUCCAUACAAAUCUGUGCAUUCGUGUUUUGAACUUGGAGAACCUUGCCUGCAUCUUGAAGGAUAUCAAGUUGCUACUUAGCAUCAAGGCAGAUUUAUAGGAAACUCCUAGAUAACAUUAAAAAGACACAUGGUAUGGGAGACACAUGGUACAGGCCAGAGGGGCGGAAAGGGUCUGCCUAUCUGAGUGUUAACAAAACACUCAGUGGUCAUUAACCCUGAUCCUUCAUCACGCCUAGGAGGGAGGGAAGAUGCCCAGCUUCAGGAGAAGAACUGAAUUCUCAGAACACAGGCCCGCAAGGUACAAUCAGGGACAAAGCCCAGUUAUCCUGGAGCUAGAAUUUUGAGGAACUGAGUGUUUGUUUUUCUGUGUUUCAUGUUGCCCCCUUAUUAAAUCUGGUCAGGCCAGUGGAACAAAGAGGCCACACCAUGGGGUGUGGUAGUCCUUCUACAUUUACAUCUGUGUAUCUGCCUUCCCUGUCUGUUUGCUCCGGAGAGCCAGAAUGUUCUUCCCUCUUUGCUUAAUCUGCCUAGCAGUCCCCUACCAAGGUCUGAAGAGGUCUUUUGAGAGAAGAAUGGGGGGAGGGGGGGAAUGAGUGGUUGAGUGUGCAUAACAUUUCUUCAUGUGUGAACUGCGUGCUGGCACCUGAGAUAAUUUCACAAUCUGCCAGCCAUCAAAGGCAUGUUUAUUAUUUAUUGUUGUUAUUUUUUGUAAGGUGUGUUUGUUUUGUUUUGUUUUUACCAAAUAUGCCUUUAUUUCCACAGGUGUUUGAGAGACAAUAGAAUGUGAAGCCUGGGCUUUCACAAAUGUUAUUUUUUCAAUGAUACAUGAGCAAAAAUACUUUGUUUUUUAAAGCCAUUGAGAGAUAACAGCACUUACUUAUGGUGAUCAAAGGAGAUGCGUUCAGAAGGCUGCCAAUUCUUGUCUAAAAGUAGAGACAGCUUAUUUCAAUCAGGAAUGGAAGUGCCUAGUGGACUGAGGAAAGAGCUCAGAAAACCUCUAAGCUUCUGGUCUACAGACCUUUACAGGGCUCUCAGUCCUUGGCUCACCCAAGGGUCCCCUCCACACCCCCAUACCACUCCCUGAACACACAUGUGUGUGCAUGAUCUGUUCCUUGGACAAUGGCCAGGUAAGCAUGAGCUUCCAGUCUUCUUUUGCAAGCUGGCUCCUUUCGUAUGUUAAUCUGGAUGUUUCCAUUCAGUUCCUCUUCCAGCUACAGGAGUAUUCUAAUGACAGCAGCAGGGCUCCAGAACCAGACUGCCCACCUUGGAUGCCAGUGAAGCUAGAGGCAGCAACACACGGCCGUGGGGGGCUCAAUGGUCUGGCUCAUGAGUUAUACCACUCUUUUGGUUACUGGGAUCAAAGCCCUGAAUAGCAAGGAAGAAGGGUUUCUUUGGGCUUACAG